AUGUUCAGCAAUCGCAAGUUCUCCAUCAACCGGCACACCGGUGUGCCCAAGCCAAGACGCUUCAGUGUCGGCGAGGUUGGAGGCAAUGAGGUCCAGUCAAAGACUCACAGACAGUUCCGUAAUGCCCACGAAGGCCACCAGCCCCACGCCGGUCUCGAUGCUAGCCGUGCCUCCACCGGUGUCGUUUGGUGUACUGAGCGUGCCUCCGAGUACGGUUUUCUCGAGGAGCCCGAUGCUUGGGCCAACUUAGGCCAGGGUGCCCCCGAAGUUGAGGAUGAUAUUGCUGGCUGCUUUCCCCGUCCCACCACUAUCGAUAUCUCCAUGGCCGGUCGCGAGUAUGGCCCUACAGCCGGUAUCAGAGAACUCCGCGAGGCUGUUGCCAACCUCUACAACGUAAUGCACCGCGAGGGCAAGGAUAGCAAGUACACUUGGGAGAACGUCGCAAUCGUCCCUGGUGGUCGCGCCGGUCUAAUUCGUAUCGCUGCCGUUCUCGGGAACUCCUACCUCUCUUUCUUCUUGCCCGAUUACACGGCGUACAACGAGAUGCUGUCUCUCUUCAAGAACUUCUCCGCCAUCCCUGUCCCUCUCGCCGAGGAGGACGGCUACCACAUCCACCCUGACCGCAUCGCUGAGGAGAUCUCCCGUGGUUCUUCUGUCAUUCUGACCUCGAACCCCCGCAACCCCACCGGCCGUGUCGUUGCCAACCCCGAGUUGGCCGAGAUCCAGGAUAUUUGCCGUGGCCGCGCCACCUUCGUCAGCGACGAGUUCUACUCCGGCUACAACUAUACGAGCAACUGUGACGGCAGUACCAUCUCUGCUGCUGAGAACGUCGAGGACGUCGAUGAGGACGAUGUUCUCAUUAUCGACGGCUUGACCAAGCGCUUCAGACUGCCCGGCUGGCGUGUUGCGUGGAUCCUUGGUCCCAAGGAAUACAUCAAGGCCAUUGGCUCUUGCGGCAGCUACCUUGACGGUGGUGCCAACCACCCCUUCCAGGAGGCGGCAAUCCCCAUGCUUGACCCUACUCUCGUCAAGACGGAGAUGAUCUCCUUGCAAAAGCACUUCCGCGACAAGCGUGACUACGUCGUUCGCAGACUCCGCGAAAUGGGAUUCAUCAUUAAAUACGUCCCCGACUCCACUUUCUACCUCUGGCUCAACCUUGAGGGUCUUCCUGAGGCCAUUGCCGACGGUCUCAACUUCUUCCAGGCCUGUCUUGAGGAGAAGGUCAUCGUCGUGCCUGGUAUCUUCUUCGACCUGAACCCCUCCAGACGCCGUGAUCUCUUCGACAGCCCUUGCCACCACUUCGUCCGUUUCUCCUACGGCCCCAAGAUGGAGACCCUGAAGAAGGGAUGCGACGGUAUUGAGCGUGUCGUUAACAAGUUCCGCAAGUCGUCUGACUAG